AUGCAACAUGCUGAUUCUGAUGAUCCCCACGAGGAAAAUGAGAAUGAAAAUGACAAUGAAAAUGAAAAUGCGGAUGCCAAUGCCGUCUCAAAUCCAGAGACUCCUCGCACUCGGCGUCCGCGGCAUCCUCGGACUGUUCCUGAGUCUUCGCGGACCACCCGGCAGUCAGCAAGACUGAAGCCGGAUGGGGAUGGCGUCUAUGAAGAAGAUGCCUCGCCAACCAAGGCCGUUGAUAAUCAAAUCACCGAGCCAGAUGAUGACAUGGAGUCUCAUUACGAUGAGGAAUUCAAGUCCGAACCCCCAUUUCAAAAAACAUCGCAAUCUCCUGAACCUCGCAUGGUUGCUUCAGCCCCCGUGUCGCCUGGAGCAACUCAAAUUGAUCCUGCUGAUGCCAUGGUCGAUGAAAUGAACAAUAACAUGAACAAUAUCUCUGAGCCAGCCAAAGCAAAGGCUGAAGACACUCCCGUCGGCCAGAGUCCCAAGAUUUCACAUAUUGAACAAGCACCAUUCAGUGCAGUAUCUUCACCCCGACUUGCGCGCAAGCGCAAGUCAGCUGAAUUGCAAAAUGAAAACCCGGAUAUUGAUUCAGAAGAUACAAUGAACAAAAAGCUGCGAAUUGACGAGACUGAACUCGAAGAGACUCCAGAAAGCCAGUUUCAAAAUGGCAUGGAGGUUGAUACUCAAAAUGAAACAUCUCCCGAGGAUAUCCCUAUUCCUUCAGAAGAAUUCGACCCCCCUGCUUACAACGCUACUGUUCGGGGAGGCCGUGGAGGCCGAGGAGCGCGUGGGGGUCGCGGUCGAGGACGUGGCCGUGGCCGUGGUCGCGGCGGCCGCGGUGGAUUUGUCGGCCCAAUUCGACCUGCAGCAGUUACCAAGACUCGAGGUGGUCGAGGACGUGGACGUGCCAAGGCCGCCAUCAUCAAACGCGGCAAGAAAAUCGAAGAUGAGAUCUGGGACGUCGCCGAAAAUUGGCGUGGUCCCACCCCUUCACCUACUCCGGAAUCAAUGCCGACAAAAGCUCGCCAGGAGGAAAUGUCUGCGCUCUUCAAGAAAGUUGGGCAAGCCCAACAUAUUGCGCUGAGUUUCAUGGCGGAGCAGAACAUGAAUAAGAUUGCUCGCGAGAAAAAUGCUCACAAAGAAUGUCCUGAAUUCGACCAAGUCCAGCGGGAUCUGGACAGGUACGAACGCAAGGCAAUUGAGAGACUGAACAACGAGUACAAGAUGAACACCGAGUUGGAGACUCAAAAGUAUGAGGGCAAUAUUCACGUCAUCAAAGACACCGCGAAUCUGCUCAUUGGGGAAAUUCAAGAGGAGAUGCUUACGAUGCUUAUGGGCAAGAUGAUGGCCCUAAUCCAGGGCCGCAGGGUGGCCGAAGAUGAUGAACACACUGAGUACGAUACAUCGGACUCCGAACAAUCCGUGAAGCAAUUCCUUUUCCGCGACGGCGAGACGGCGGUAAGACAGGUGGAGCGUGGCUUUGCAGCUGAAGUAGUUCGAGACCCGGAGGGAGCAGUGGACUUUGUGGCGGCGGAGGAGGGAUGGGAGGAUUUCGUCCAGAGGGUACGGAUGGGCCGAUUGAAUGAGGAGAUUGCACCAACAGAAAUCAAUGAUGAAGAGGCUCUGCGAAUGUGCGCCAAGGAUGCCUUCGGCAGCAUGCUCCAUGCUGCCACCUUCAUCAACGAGCAGGAGGCAUCCGGCAAGAUCGUCAGCUACGACGGCGCCGCAGAUUUCCCGGUGCACUCACGUGCACUGUCAGUUCUGGCAGAUGCGGCUCUGACCGAGCCCCUGCCCCAGCAUCUUCCAAUGAUGCGAACUGACCCCGGGACCCACCAUCGUGCUCUCCUCCCUCAGCCCACCCACACCCACCCUGGCCCCCCUCCCUCCUCCAUCCACGGCCACGGGCCAACAGACCCGCGGUCCUUCAUCCUCCCGCGGCCCACCCCAACCCAGCAGCCGCGGCGCCUUCUCCCCGCCCGCCAGCAGCUGGGUUUGGGGCUGGGCCUGCCGGACCCGUUCGCAAUGAACGGGCCGCCGCAGCUCCCUCCUCCCCCGGGCUCGAACUUCGCGCGUCUGCCGUUGCCGGGCUACAUGCCCCAGGGCCACGCGCCCUCCCUGUACUUCCCGCCGCCGCCGCCCGGAUCGCACCCCCCACCCCCGCCGCGCGGGUACUAG